GUUCUACUCCCUUCACUUUCCUUCCUCCUACCACCAAAACCAGCCGACUUAAAACUAAACUCAGCAGACUCACCCCUCCCCUAAAUUUGAAAAUACUCCCUCAACUACAUUUGAAACUUACUUCUCUCAUUUCCAAACCCACAUUCACAUUCUCAAAUCUCAUCUUCAUCAUCAUACCCACUUUGAAUACAUUACACUACCAUGAUUCUACACACCAUAAUCAUUACUUCAUAUUAAUCCCAGAAAUAUUUUUACUUUUUUUCCAGAAAAAGCUUCCAUUUUGUCUUUAAUGGCGGCUGGUUGGGUUAAAUCAUUGCAAUGCAAAUCAAAAGCUGUAGAAGAUGUUUUUAAUCCUCAACCAAAACAACUUAUUCUUACUAGUACUAGCUGUAAGAACAGUUUUCAGAAUCUUAAGGACGUCGUUGAUAACUCUAAACCCAAACCCAUUUCCAAACCCAAAUCAAAAUCCAAGCCUAAAAAGUCCGACCCGUUUUCACAUCGUGUUAAACGUUCUGAUUCGGUAAAACCCAGAAGUACUGAACCCGGUUCAAAUAAUUGGGUCAGGCGUACUGUAUCAGCUCCAUUAAAAGGUCCUGUUCAAGUUGACCCGUUUUUUCCUUCUGUGACGGAAUUACAUGUUGGACAUCCUUCAAGGAAUGUGGUUGAGAUAAUUUUCCAUACAAGGUGGGGACCCAGAGGGUUUUCGGGUCGGGUUGAGGUUGUUUUUAAGAUUCAGAAUUUGGGUCGGACUGUAACCCGGUUUGAGGAAUACAGGGAUUGUAUUAAGUCUCGGGCGGAUCCAGGUUGCGCGUCGGGUCGAUGCGUUGCGGAUGGGAAUGAGAUGAUGCGGUUUCAUUGUUUGGGACCCACAAAUUCUGGAGGAAGCAUAAUCGACGGUUGUGAUGGUGUUUGUGAGAUCAACGGAAGUAAAGGAGCCACGUCAGUGUGUACGUAUUCCGGUAGUGGGGCCGCACAUGAGAGUGCAGGUGGUGGUCGUGGAAGACGGGCUAUGGUGGUUUGUAGGGUGAUAGCAGGACGAGUUUCAAAACGAGUUGACUCAGUAACUGAAUCAGGUAAACUCGUUGAGUUUGACUCAGUGAGUGGGGAGAAUGGCGAGUUAAUGGUGUUUGAUUCUCGUGCAGUUUUACCUUGUUUCCUUGUCAUCUACAGAUUGUAAAAAAUAAACAUGAAAAAAAGAAAACAAUUAUCAACACAAUUUUUACUAUUAAUCCAUAUUUUUGGGAAUUUCUUAAUAUGGUUGUUAAUUUUGUUUUUGGUUUUUUGGAUUAAAAUUUUGUAAAAUUUGUGUUGAUAAAUUGUUCUACUCUAAUUUUCUCCUUGCUUUUUGUGCAUAGAAAGUUUUAAAAAGGUCUGUAAUUGAUAACCAGAUAUUUCUUAGAACUAAUUUUCAUUGGUAUGAUUAUAUUGAUAUUGGCUUUGUUAAUUAAUUCAUUUAGAAAUUUGAUCUGUUAAUUCUAUUGCUUACAUACUCAUCAACUUCUAUUAAUUUGUAAUUAUUUUUUAAUCACUCAUUUUGUAAUCUUAUAUGUAACUUUUUUACCUUAAGUUCAGCAAACAUGGGAGCCGGAAAAAUAUGAUGUAAUAUUAGGCCGUGAGGGCAAAUUAAAUAUUAUUUAAAUGUUUAAGACGAUUCUAGAAAUUUCAGAAGUAUUCUUAAAUAAAUUUUG